UGUGUGGGUAGAGUCUAGUGUGUGUGCAUAGAGUCAGUGUAAAUAUAUGUGAGUGUGUGGGCAGAGUCUAGUGUGUGUGCAUAGAGUCAGUGUAAAUAUGUGUGAGUGUGUGGGUAGAGUCUAGUGUGUGUGCAUAGAGUCAGUGUAAAUAUAUGUGAGUGUGUGGGUAGAGUCUAGUGUGUGUGCAUAGAGUCAGUGUAAAUAUAUGUGAGUGUGUGGGCAGAGUCUAGUGUGUGUGCAUAGAGUCAGUGUAAAUAUAUGUGAGUGUGUGGGUAGAGUCUAGUGUGUGUGCAUAGAGUCAGUGUAAAUAUAUGUGAGUGUGUGGGUAGAGUCUAGUGUGUGUGCAUAGAGUCAGUGUAAAUAUAUGUGAGUGUGUGGGUAGAGUCUCGUGUGUGUGUGUGCAUAGAGUCAGUGCAAGAGAGUUGGUGCAACAAGGGUUAAUGCAGGUAGUCCGGGUAGCCAUUUGACUAGCUAUUUAGCAGUCUUGUUUGAAGUCUUAUGGGUUGGGGGUGGAAGCUUUUCAGGCUCCUGGUGGUUCCUGACUUGCAUCGGUACUGUUUGCUGUGCGGUAGCAGAGAGAUCAGUCUGUGGCUUGGGUGGCUGAAGAUUUUGAUAAUUUCUUGGUCCUUCCUCUGACACCGCCUGGUAUAGUUUUAAUCACUUAAUAAUUCAUAAACAAACUUGAUCUCAGUAAAAACACUGUAACUAAUUGGUAGGUCUACCUUUACUUGUUACUUCUGUGACCUUUCAUUAUCCUCCCUCCUCAUGAGUGAGAGAAAUGAGAGAUUUUUGGUAAGGGAAUUACAAGGCAGAAGGAAUGUAGUCUAAACAACAAAAUAUAAGUGUUGAUAUUCGUUGGCAGAGGUCUUUACAUUAUUGUUGUUUUGAUGUAUUUCUAAAACAUUUUAAUACUUUUUCUUGUAGAUGAUUUCUGAGACCCAUUUUCCAUCUGUUUGACCAGAAAUGAAAACCUUUGCUUAUUCCACAUUUUUAGGAUGAAAAUGUUUGGAAAAUGUAUAUAUGCCUUAAUUUGUAAAACCAUAGACUCUUAACUUUCAUUUGACACCACAUUUGCCAUGUUCCUGUGAACUUCACAUGUUGCGCUCAUGGGUCCUUUUCAGAUGAAAUGCCGUCUGUACCGUAUCUACUAGCACACAGCAGUUGAAAGAGACUAUCCAGGAUGACUGACAGAAUUAUUCCUCGUCUUAACGGUGGAUAUUCACCUUCAUCUGCAUCUUACCCAUAUUAUAACCCUCAAUGUAUUGUUUUUAUGUUUGGCAUGGUUCAACAAAUUAUAUCGAUUACUCAUAGGCUACAUUUUCAAGCUGAACUACAGUAAACAGAUGGACCGCCUGGGAGUAGGUCUCAGUGAGAGAACAGCAGGCUGAAGGGAGGCAACGGGCCGAGACAAAGAGAGGGCUCCUGCCUCCUGCACUGAGGGCCAGAGGCAGCUGAGCUGAGAGGAUGGGAGGAGAGAGAGGGGGGGUGUCAUUAGGGUAGUUUGUAAUUAUGUCUCUCUUUGUUUAGAGGGCCUGUGACAGGGAUGAAGUGAGGGGGAGGUCUUGCUGCUGAAAAGAUGUUGUGUAUCAGUGUUGUGUGUAGUUAUCUUUCUCCCUUGAGUAUUUCUUACUGUAGCUCAGUCUCUCUGGUCUGCCUGUCUCUGUGAGGCUCAGACACACCAGGAAAAAGGGUUGCCGGGCUGCAUGCUUCAGCCACAGCAGUGGACUUUCUCAUUGGAGGCAAUUCUGAGGCAGUAGACCAUUCUGAGGCAAUGCUAAGGAAAGGUCCAAUAGUCCUGACAUCUGGAUUCUGGAUGAAGAUGCUUUAAAGAAGUCCAUUCUGUACCCAUUGAAGCUCGGGAUUCUGGGAUACACCCAGGAACACAGCUGACAGAGUUUGCCAACAGAUUCUAUACCUCUGAACAGGACUGAGGACAGAAGAGCAGUUGAACAGGUAGAUGGAGAAGCAGCUGACUAUUGGCCUGUUUCUGUUGCUGGGGCUCCUCCUAGUCAUGACUGAGGUGGGGGGGCGGAAGGAAGAGUCCCAAAAGCGCCUUUCCCGCUCCUCAGAGCUAAAAGCAGGCCGCUGCUCCUACACAUUCAUUGUUCCCCAGCAAAAACUGAAGGGGGCGCUGUGCGUGAGCACCGAGUCUACCACCGGCGCCGCCAACCACUCAGAGGUAACGGCUCUGCGGGGGGAGUUGAACCAUCAGCAGGAACAGCUGGAGAAGCUGAGAGGCCAGCUGGAGCAGGAGGGCGCCCUGGUUAUGGAGGUACGGGCGCUACGGAAAGAGAGUGGCAGCAUGAACUCCCGCAUCGCCCAGCUCUAUGCCCAGCUGCUGCACGAGGUUAUGUACAAGAAGGACCAGGUGGUCAAACAGAGGCGGGUCGAGAACCUACUGCUCAACGCCACCGCACAGAUGCUGCAGAUCUCCACUAGUUACAGGGAGCUAGAGAAGAAGUAUGGAGCCCUCACCUCCAUGAUGAGCAACCAGAGUCAGCUCAUCGCCCGGCUGGAGAAGCUGUGCCAGGCCACCAAGAACACUACCCCACCUCCACAGAUGACCUCUGAACCCCUGAGUAUCCAGUCCAGUGGGCCCCUGAAUGACAGCUCAGAGUCCAAUGCGAUGGCUAAUGAUGUUCAGAGAGACCAGGGCGCCCCUCCACUACAGCCACAGGAGGAGAGAGAACCCCUGCAGGGGACAAAGGUGCUCCCCACCACCAAGGCUGACACCCCUACCGACGCCCCCUUCAUAAGCUUCCCUGUCACUAAGACCCCAGGACCCUGGAGGGACUGCCAGCAUGUGCUGGACUCGGGCGAGACCACCAAUGGGAUCUACCUGCUGCGCCCACAGAGCGCCAACCGGCUUCUGCAGGCCUGGUGUGAACAGACCAAGGCCCAGGGAGGCUGGACCGUCAUCCAGAGGAGACAGGACGGAUCAGUCAACUUCUUCAGGACCUGGGAGCAGUACAAGCAAGGCUUUGGGAACCUGGAUGGAGAGUACUGGCUGGGUCUGGAGCACCUCUACUGGCUGACCAAGCAGGCCCACUACAAGCUUCGGAUGGCCAUGGAGGACUGGCAGGGCCGCCAGGUGUUUGCAGAGUAUGACAGCUUCCGCCUGGAGCCUGAGAGCGACUGGUACCGUCUGAGGCUGGGGAAAUACCAAGGCAACGCCGGAGACUCAAUGUCCUGGCACAAUGACAAAGCCUUUACAACUCUGGACAAGGAUAAGGAUGCUUAUUCAGGGAACUGUGCCCACUUCCAGAAGGGGGGCUGGUGGUACCACAUGUGUGCCCACUCCAACUUAAACGGCGUGUGGUAUCGAGGGGGUCACUACCGCAGCCGCUACCAGGACGGGGUUUACUGGGCAGAGUUCCAUGGGGGCUCCUACUCCCUCAAGACGGUCACCAUGAUGAUCAAACCCACCUAACCCUCUCCCCAUUGGUGGCACCUUAAUUGGGGAGGAUGGGUUCGUGGUAAUGGCUGGAGUGGAAUAGUUUCAAAUACAUCAAACAUGGCUUCCUUGUGUUUGAUGCCAUUCCAUUCACUCCGUUCGAGCCAUUAUUAUGAGCCGUCCUCCCCUCAGCAGCCUCCUGUGUUAAACACACAUGUCCAUCAGGCAUCAGGGUAAUAUUAUGGUUCCGUCAUGGAUAAGGAAGGAUGUUAAUGAAGUUCUUAUAUGUUAAACAGGUAUGUUAAUGAGACAGUGUUGACAUACCAACACAGAUUGACAUACCAAAACAACAUGUGGAAUUGGUUUCUAACUGCAAUGUAUUUAUUUAAUAAAAAAUUGCAAAACAAUGUUUGAACAUUACUUUUUGAUAUUAUCUAUCUAUCCUCUCACAAACAUACACACACAUACACUCGCAUACACACACAUACACACACAUACACACACCACAAGGUGAGUUAGGAGUCCGUUUAUUUUGCUUAUGAGAACUGACUUUGUGGUUUAAUGCAGUGGUGUAAAGUACUUAAAGUAAAAAUACUUUAAAGUAUGACAUACAUCGAUUUAUGGGGUAUCUGUACUUUACUAUUUAGAUUUUUGAUGACUUACUUUAUUACAUUCUUGAAGAAAAUAAUGUACUUUUUACUCCAUAUGUGUUGGAGUGUGUACA